AUGGCCGUAACGCGACCAGUUGUUAACGUGUUCAAGGUGGAUGGCACUGCUUCGGGAGUUACUGUGAAGAUGCCGUCGGUGUUCUCCGUUCCCCUUCGCAGUGACCUGCUGAACUUCGUGCAUGACCAGAUGAGAAAAAAUUCCCGACAACCAUACGCAGUCAGUGAAAAGGCUGGACACCAGACAUCCGCUGAAUCUUGGGGUACUGGCAGAGCAGUCGCUAGAAUACCUCGUGUCCGGGGAGGGGGCACGCACCGUUCCGGCCAAGGCGCUUUUGGUAACAUGUGUCGCGGUGGUCAUAUGUUCGCCCCGACUAAGGUAUGGCGGCGCUGGCAUCGUCGAAUCAAUGUUCAUCAACGUCGCUACGCAAUAUGCAGCGCAAUAGCAGCUACUGGUGUAACCCCUUUGGUAAUGGCUCGCGGUCACCGUAUUGACCGAGUUCCGGAAAUCCCCUUGGUGGUUUCCGAUGAAAUCGAGUCGGUUAAGAAAACUAAGGAUGCCGUCAAGUUGUUGAAGUCCGUAAAGGCUUGGUCGGACAUCCAGAAAGUUUACAACUCUCAGCGCUUUCGAGCUGGGAGGGGAAAAAUGCGCAACCGGCGUCGUAUUCAGAAACGUGGGCCAAUCAUAAUUUUCCGCAAAAACGACGGAGUUGUCAGAGCAUUCAGAAAUAUUCCAGGUGUUACACUUUUGAACGUAAGUGCUCUCAAUUUGCUGAAGUUGGCACCUGGUGGCCACAUGGGACGUUUGGCCAUUUGGUCUGCUGGAGCCUUCCGUCAACUCGAUAAGCUAUAUGGCACUUGGAAGACCGGAAGUGUGAAGAAGUCAGGUUUCCAUCUUCCAAUGCCUAAAAUGACGAACUCUGAUUUGGGGCGCUUGCUCCACUGCCGCGAGGUCACCUCAGUUUUGCGCCCACGAAGAAUGCAUUGUCAACGUCCCGGACCGAAAGUUAAGAAAAACCCACUGAAGAACAUGCAGGCUCUCAUCAAGUUGAAUCCGUUCGCCAUCGGUGAGAAAAACUUACGUAUUGCUCGUCAACGAGCUAUUCAAAAGGCUAAAUCCAAACGAAGAGAAUUGAAACGAAAAUCGCAAGAGGAACAUACUGCUUCUAACAAACGAAUGAAAAGUGAAAGCAGCAAACCUGUUGUAGUCGCCUGA